AUGACUAGUCCUUCACCUAAAACUCCAUUUGAUAGUCUUUAGAGUCUCUUAACUAUUAGAAAACAUGAAUCUAGUCCUAGUCCAAAUAAUAUAAAUCGAUUCUCUUAAUCAGGCUUGCAACUGUCAUCUUAGAAUUCAAUUUUUGAGUAGAAUAGACACAGUGACCCAUAUAUUUUGAAUGAUAUGAAUAAAAUACUAACUAAGAUUCAAGUUUCCUAGCUCAUAUCUCAAAUCACAAAACUGGAUAGUGAUAGGAAAAAGAAUGGGCCAAGAUAGCUGAAGUCAUCAGUAUCAAAAAAUAACUUAUUUGAUAUUAAUGAGAAAAAACUAAAAUAGCAACAGAAAAAAUCAAUAGCAUAGAUAAGUGAUAAGAAGGGACAAGGAGAUUUGAAUUCAAAUAGAAGCCAUAAGUAAAGCAAUUAGGCUAAGGUUAAGAUCUAAUUAAAUCAAAUAGAUAAAUAGAAAAGUUCAAAUAAUUUACUGCAAUAAAAAUUAAACCUGAAUAUUGACGUUUAAAAAUUUUCCAGAAGGGAAAGUGUGAAAGUAUACAAGUAUUAGGACAUGGGCAAGGGAAUAUUGAAAAAACCUCCGACUAAAAUUAAAAAGAAAGGAUAAAACAGUGAUGAAGAGGACGAUGAAUCCCAAGAUUCAUGGGAGACCAUUGAGAAUUAGAAUUAGUAGCAAAAGAAAAAUAAGACGAAUCAACUUGAUAAGAUACCAGCUUAUAAAGAAGAUGAAAGAGCUAUAGUUAUUCACCAUGGAAAUAAAAUUAUCCAUCAUUCAAUUCUUAAGGACUUUGCCGAAGAUCUUAAUAUUGAUGUUCUUGUAAACAGGGUUACUGCAAAUCAGGUAGUUAUUGAGUCUUAAGAAACCUAGCCCUAAUAAUUUAAAAAUGAACAAGAGAUUGAGAAGUUUCUAAGCAAGCAUUCAAAAUCAUAUAAAUCAAUAUUUUCUCUUUAGCUUCUCGCUGUUGGAGGUGAGUCAAUGGUUUGCAAGAUUGAAACCAAAGAACUUGAAGAACUAGUUGUUAAGAUUCCUAUGCUUAGUUCGAAAUUACAUUAAGGAAAUCGGGAAUCAGAAAAUUUAAAUUAUUUCCAAAACUCUUUGUACGAACACUAAAUGAUGAAAGCAAGAGGACAUAGCAAUUUCAUCCCCUCUAUAAAAGAAGAAGUCAUAGAAUAUAAUAGAUAGAAAGGAAUUAUUGUAAGAUACGUAGUCAUUAUAGAAAGAGCUUAAAAUGAUCUCCAUAAACUCUUCAGAAUCUGGAGGAGUUCAGAAGAAUCAUUUAAUAAGAGAGAAUUUUACAGCACUGAGAAACUAGCGUUUUACUGCUUCUAAGCUAUGAAGUUAGUUAACUAUCUACACUCUAGAAAUAUUUAUCAUGGCGACAUCAAACCGAGUAAUUUCUUGAUAUUUAGGAAUCAACUAUGUAAAAUGGGGGAUUUCGGUAUCUCAAUGAAAAUAAAGCAUUCUUUUAUUGAAAAGAAAGACUAGCCUAAUUACUACAAGGCAAAAGGAUUGUCUGAAAAGUAUGCUCUUUAGUACAUUAUAGAUGAUAACUUUGUAAAUAAGCAACAACUUUAUUAGAAUGAUAGAUUUGCUCUCUUUAUGACUUUCUGCUUGAAUUAUGAAUCUAUGAAGCGACAAAAUCCCAAUAAUUACUCUUAACUCAUGGAGGAGAUAAUAAAAGACUUAGAUAUUAACAACAAAGAAAUCAAGACUUUGAAUGAAAUAGUGAUUAAAUACACAAGAUAUUUUGCUUAAAAUAAUGAGUUUGCUCUAAAGUUAUGCAAUCAGUUUAAAAGUGAGAAUAAAUUAUCUGCUAUCAGAGAAGUGUUACUGAACACUAACUACAAAUUUGUAAUUGAGGGCUUAAUAAAUUUAGCUUAGUAGCAGAGAUUUCAAGAAUCUUUAUUCUGGUCUAAGAAGAAAUCAACUUUGACAAUUAAUAAGUAAGAACUAGUGUUAGAUUCAGGUGAACAAUAUGAUCCACUGGACUAUUAAGAAAAUGAAUUUGCUGAAUUUUCUAUUUAGAAAUAAGAUUACAAUCGACAGAAUUCACAAUUAUUUACAAAGUUUUCAAACAUCUAAUCCUGGGAUUAUGAUGAAGACAAGUAAAAUUUACGUAUAGAGGAUCCAGUAUGGAAACAAAUGGCCAUUUUACUACUUUACUCUUGUGACGAAAGAGCAGAUCAUCAGCUCAAAUCUUAGAUUAAAAAAAGAAGCUAGGAAAGUUUCAAGGUAGGUAACAUAAGACUAGAUGUUGCCUUGGAAUUUCUUCAGAGCAAAAAAGAAGAUUCUUUUUAUGAUAAAAACUACUCUGAUGAGGAUUUGAGAUUCUUCUAUGAUUAUAUCAAAGCAAACAACCCCAAGCCUAAGUUGAUCUUACAUUUGGAGACAAUAUUUUCCAAUCUCAAAAAAUACGAUAUUCUAGUUGAAAUCAAUGCCAUAUAAACUUAGAUGCUGCUUCAGACUUAAAAAUAUGAACUUGCUGAAGCUAAAGCUAAGAACUGUAUUUAACUAUCGCAAAAUUUCUCCAAAAGAGAAGAUCUUGAACUAGAUUGUCUAUUAACUAUUGCUUUUUGUAAAGCUAUUAAAAAUAAAAUGCAGAUGAGUCAGAGAAUGAUUGACUAAAGCUAUAAUAUGAUAAUUUCUAAAUUUGGAAAUUAGUCCAAAUAGUAUCUCUAGCUUUUAUAAAUUAAAUCAUUGAUCGCUUAAUCCUAAGGUAAUCUAUAAAAUGCUCUGCAAUUAGAAGAAGAAAGGCUUGUUUUAUCGAGAAAUCUUUACGGAGAUCCAGCAAACGAAACAAUCUCAUGUUACCUUAGUACUGGCUAUCUUCAUAUGAAACUUGGAAACCAAGAUAAAUGCAUUGAUUACAUAGAAAAAUACGCUAAAUUUUAGGAUCUAAAGCUAGCCUACUACAUUCAUUUAAUUGAGGCCUUCUAUUAUUUCUAGAAUCAUCAAAAACUUAGAGAUUUGAUUAAUCAGAUUUAACAAAAUGGCUACACAAAUGAUUUAGUCUAUCUGAAAUUUCUCUCUUGCAAUUUUAACUUAAAAUAAUACAAAUUGGUCAGAUAUGACUAGGAAAAGAAAAAUAAGGUUAUGAAUGCUUUGAUUGACUCUAAAGAUAGAGGAUAAUACAUCAUUGAGUCAACAAAGUAUAAAUCCCUAUUCCUUGGUGCACUUAAUUUCUGCAAAAAAUAUCAAAUAAAAUUCCAAGAUUCUGAAAUAAACAUUUUACAAACUAAUUAAGUAAUUGAGAAAGUCCAAAAUGAUAUCUUAAUUGAUAAGAAGGAAAAAGUAAAAGCUCUUGAAUAAAUAAUGGAAAAAUGGACUAAAAUAGUUGAAAACAAGAUAAAGAGUCCUGUGGUAAGAAGAAGAUCAACUUUAAGAAGAGUCUCAUUAUUAAGGCAACAAUUUUAAUAAUGA